AGUUUCGACUAGUUAAUUACUCUAUUUUUCUUGGGUUUCUCUCCAUCUAUCUCUCUCUUUUUCUCUCUCUCUCUUUCAUUUUGCAGAAUAUAAAGUCUAGUGCGUGGAUUUGUGGAUCAGCAUCACCAAAAUCAAAAAAGUGGAUAUCAGAAUAAUGGGGGAUCUUGACGCAACAGUGUGUUGUUUGUGUGGGGAUAUCGGCUUCCCUGACAAGCUCUUCCGCUGCAGCAAGUGCCACAAUCGCUUCCAACACUCGUACUGCAGCAACUUCUAUAGAGAAUCACCGGAGGCGAUAGCAGAAUGUGACUGGUGCCAAAGUGCGGCAAACACUUCAAAACAUGGAGGUUCAUCGAAAAAAGCAAUGGCCAGUGGCCUAGUGAUCACUAACCGUCCAUCAUAUUCCUCAGGCGACAAAUCAAAGCAGCAACACGAAGACGACAACAAGGGAAAGAGCCCGUCCCCAUCGCCCAGGACCGCCACUCGCAGGUACAAGCUUCUCAAGGAUGUCAUGUGCUAGCUACCUAAAUCAUCCAAUGUGCAUGCUGCCUACUUAACUAACAGCUUGAUCAACUUUUAUGUGUGUGUACAGCUAUAUAUAUGUGUGCGUGUGUGUGUAAAUGAGCCAAGUUUAGGUUAUCUUGUAAUGUUUCUUCAUGUUUUGUUUUAACUAUGCUUUAUCACAAGCUGUUAUGUAAAUGAGCUAGCUAUAUUUUCAAGUAAAGAGUGUGGACAAUUUUGUA